UAGCGCAACCACGACCAGAGAAGGAACGGAACAUUCGUUCCCUUCUGUCUGGGUCUCAAAAACAAAAAAAAAAAACAAGAGACAGGGGUGAGAACAAGCAACCCCUAAUUUAAAAAAAAAAAAAUCUUACCCCAUCCCCACCACCACCACACGUAAUAUAUCUAUGAAAUAAAUGGUGGGGUCAACGCAGCGAAGAAGAAAAAGGAGCAUUCGUCCGGGUAGUGACCACCACGACUCACAAAUAACGACCACGAUGACAACAACCAUGACCACCACGGCGAAAAUCUUAACGGUGAUAUUUACGGUGUCCGCGUUUUGGAGUCCGGCCGAGGCCCAAGUGAGGGUUCUGACGCCGCCCUACUUCAACUUGGCCUUCGGCAAGGACAUCGUCGCCUCGUCCACAUGCGGCGUGAACUCUUCGUCGCCAGAACUGUUCUGUCGGUUGACCGGCGUGGCCGGAGACACCAAGGAGAGCGACCUGCGGAUAACCAUCAAUUCGGGCCAGCUGUGCGAGGAAUGCGACCCCACCGUGGAAUCGUUGUCCCAUCAUGCCGAACUGGCCAUCGACGGAACCGAGCGCUGGUGGCAGAGCCCGCCUCUCUCCCGUGGAAUGGAAUACAACGAAGUCAAUGUCACCAUAGACCUAGAACAGGAGUUCCUUGUGGCUUAUGUCUUUAUCAAAAUGGCAAACUCCCCUCGACCAGGUGUAUGGGCUCUCGAAAAAUCAACAGAUUUUGGUAAGACUUGGAACCCAUGGCAAUAUUUUGCCGGAAACCCCAACGAAUGUCUGCAAUUCUUCAAUGCCUCCACUUCAGAAGUCCCAGAAGAAGAUGACGAAGUUAUUUGUACCACGAAAUUUUCCAAAGUUGUUCCUCUAGAAAACGGCGAGAUUAUUGUGUCUCUGGUCGAUGACAGACCAAAUGCCCAGAACUUUUCCAACUCCCAGAAGCUGCAGGACUGGACAAAGGCAACAUCUGUGCGACUCCGUUUGCUACAGACGAAAACACUCCUCGGUCAUUUGAUGGCCGUACGGAGACAGGACCCUACGGUGACCAGAAGGUAUUUCUACAGUAUCAAAGAUAUUUCCAUUGGAGGACGCUGUGUCUGCAAUGGUCAUGCUGAGCGAUGUGACAAAAGGGAUGCAACUCAACCAAACAAGCUUUUCUGUGAAUGUCACCAUAACACUUGUGGGCCCCAAUGUGAACGAUGCUGUCCGGGAUUUGUCCAGAAAAAGUGGCAGAGGGUAACCACCAACAAGGACUUCAUGUGUGAACCAUGCAACUGUCAUGGACACACAAAUGCAUGUGUUUACGAUCCUGAAAUAGAUACCAAAAAGUUGUCACUGGACAUACACGGAAACUAUGAUGGAGGUGGCGUCUGCCAGAACUGCGAGCAUAACACAAAGGGCAUCAACUGUGAACAGUGUAUCGAUGGGUUCUAUCGACCUUUCAAUGUACCUAAGGAUGUGCCAAACGUCUGUCACCAAUGUCAGUGUCGCUCCCGAUUCUCAACUGGUUCUUGUGAAGAAGGCUCUGGACGUUGUAUGUGCAAACCACAGUAUACAGGAGAGAAUUGUGACAGGUGUAACAAUGGCUACCACAACUUCCCCGAAUGUAUGCCCUGUGACUGCCAUGUCAAUGGCACCUCUGAAGGCUUAUGUGACGUCGGCGGGGGCCAGUGCCCCUGUAAGUCCAACUAUAUGGGGCGGAAGUGUGACACUUGCCGAUCCCAAUACUACAACUUCCCAGAAUGCAAAGAAUGUGACUGCAGUAGAAUCGGGUCCCAGGGUCCAGACUGUGAUGUCACCACUGGUCAGUGCCGAUGUCAACCAGGAUUCAAUGGGCUCAACUGCUCCACCUGUGCCGUUGGUUACCAUGGAUUCCCCACUUGUACAUUGUGUAACUGUGAUGUGAUCGGCUGUACAGAGGCCAUUUGUGAGAGCCAGACAGGACGGUGUAUCUGUAAACCCAACUAUACGGGGUCCCAGUGCGAGAGAUGUGUACCCGGGUAUUAUGGAUACCCCUAUUGUUACGGAUUGUCAUGGUUGGAAUUUCUUCCUAGUGCUGGCCUUGGUGUGUUCACCCAUAUCUGA